AUGCUAUUCAUUGAUUGUCAGCGAUUGUUGAAGUUUUCAAGCAGUGCAGCAAGCUUCCAUAACGCCUCAGAACCUCCUAAAACCAUUAGUGGUAACUUAUGCAUGUGGAAAACUAUGCUUAGAUAUGAGCUGGCACUUGAAGCACCUGAACUCGAGGAAGAAUUUCUUUUGAGGGUUUACUGGAAGGGAAUAGAAGGCAGUAGUACCAAAGAGUUAAGACAGCAAGUAAGAAGUCAAGAUAAUUUUUUCAUGAUGGCCAGUCACAUUAGCAAUGCUUGGCCAUACCUCUUGAAACUGUUCCAGUGGGAUGAAGAUCCAGAGCCAAAAAUGACGGAGUUCACUGAGAGGUACAGAGAGGAUGUCGAAAGUUGGCGAGUGUUGGAGGAACGAGUACGUCGUCAGGAUGAAGAAGACUUUAUUGCUGCGAGACAUCGUAAACCCUCAUUUACUGAGCGCGACUUGUCAGUCGUAAGCGACGUUUUUGAGGAAGAGGAAUGCGAAGAAAAUGGAAUGGAAAGGCCGCAACCUCCGAAUGCUGAAGAGGCGCUCUUCCGCCAGUUCGCUGCCAACUUGCAUCGUAUCGAUAAAGAUGUGGAGAGAUGCGACCGGAAUCUGAUAUUCUUCUCAAACAAAGAAAAUCUGGAAAGUCUUCGGAUCAUGGUUACGUACGUUCGCAGAAACCUUGAUGACGGCUACAUUCAAGGGAUGUGCGACAUUCUCGCUCCGCUUCUAGUGAUAUUCGAAGAUGAGGCGUUAACUCUUGAAUGUUUCACGAUGCUGAUGAGUCGUCUGCGCGAGAAUUUCCCUCAAAGAAGCGGCAUGGACCUUUGCCUUAUGAAUCUUCGUUCUCUUAUUCAGUUUUUUACUAUCCGACUGUUUCGUGGUACUGGUGAGAGACGACUAUGCAAGGCGUUAACUCUUGAAUGUUUCACAAUGCUGAUGAGUCGUCUCCGCGAGAAUUUCCCUCAAAGAAGCGGCAUGGACCUUUGCCUUAUGAAUCUUCGUUCUCUUAUUCAGGUCGUUGAUCCGCAAAUCUUUUCCUUGCUGACUUCGACUUCGGACUUUACUCAUCUGUAUUUCAGUUACCGUUGGUUCCUUCUGGAUUUCAAGCGAGAACUAUCAUACGACUGCAUUUUCCGAGUUUGGGAAGCAAUAUGGGCUGCAUCCAGGACAUUCACUCCUCAUUUCCCAUUAUUUUUCGCACUUGCGAUGAUCACAAACUAUCGCGAUGUGAUCAUCGGCAACAAUAUGGAUUUUACAGAUAUGAUCAAAUUCUUCAAUGAGAUGGCAGAACGUCACGACUGCACUCGACUUCUUGCAGCUGCACGAUCUCAUUGUCCAACACAUUUCCUCUAUCCCACGGAUUCUCAGACACAUCUAUUCUACGAGUUGGACCCACAAACACUAAUAGAUAAACGUGGGACAGAACUAAAAUAA